GUGGAGGGGAGGGCGGAGGGAGGAGUUUGACUCUGCUGCACGAGCAUGAAAGCUGCCCGAAUGUGACAAUUAACCUCCACGCACGCACGCACAGGACAUCAGGCGCAGGUGCGUGGACUCGCUCCCCACGCAGCUGAGCGAGCCUUCCGUUGAUGACGGGACGUUGGCGCCUUUGGAGGCGAAAACAACAGCGAGGAGGAGAGAGGAUAACGUGUUUUGUUUUUGUGUAAGCCCCCGCCACCUACCUUCACUCCACUCAUCUCCACGGGACAACAUGCACGCCGGAGUGGGAGCCUGCUCGCUUGUCUUAUUCUUCCCUCGCCCAAUUGAAUCGUUGAGCUACUGAAACGACGACCUCAUCUCGGCUGGGUUUUUUGUAAAACACUUUUAAAAAAAAAUAAAUAAUAAUAAAAUUAUAAUAAAAAGGAAAAAAAAGAGUUAAACCGGUCGCCCUCUUCGGCUAAUUUCAAGGACGGCGGCCAAGGGAAAAAAAAAUAAAUUAAGGAAAUAAAAGUGGCUGACGGGAGGAGGAAGGAGCCAUGGAGCGGGACGACAGCGUGAAGGCGCCCAAGAAGAAGAAGAGCAUCAUGGCGAAGAUGUUCAAAGUUCGCAAAAGGAGGGAGAUGCUCUUUGUACAGGUGUGCUUCAUCUGCAGUGCCCUCUUCGUGGCGUGGACUAUGUCGGCGCUGUUGACCAAAACAGGCCACGGCAUGAUAAUGCAGGACCAUCCCGACCCGGAGCGCUGGGGGAGGCGGCUAAUGGCAUCAGCGGCCGAAAAUGAAACUGAGCCCAAGAACUGUUCAGCACCAGCAAUACAUGAGUUCCCCGAUGACCUUUUCACCAACAACGAGCGAAAGAACGGCGCCAUCCUGCUGCACAUCGUGGCGGCCCUCUACAUGUUCCUGGCCCUCGCCAUCACGUGUGACGAGUAUUUUGUCACGUCACUGGAGAAUAUAUGUGAGAAACUACAUCUUAGCGAAGACGUCGCCGGCGCCACCUUCAUGGCAGCUGGCAGCUCUGCGCCUGAGCUUUUUGCUUCAGUCAUCGGUGUCUUCAUCACCCAUGGCGACGUGGGGGUGGGAACCAUUGUUGGCUCAGCCGUCUUCAACAUCCUUUGCAUCAUCGGAGUCUGCGGCAUUUUUGCUGGACAGGUGGUGAUGCUGACCUGGUGGGCAGUUUUCCGAGAUUCCUUCUAUUACAUUCUGUCUGUCAUUGCUCUUAUUGCAUUCAUCUAUGAUGGGAAGAUUGUGUGGUGGGAGAGUUUAGUGCUGGUGGUCAUGUAUGCAGGAUACAUUCUGGUCAUGAAGUUCAACUCCAGCAUGCAGGCUUUCUUCAUGGGAAGCUCCAAGAAGAACGUGGCCAACGGUAACGCAGCGACCAGCAGUGAGAUGGAGGACGGUAAUGCACCUUAUUAUUGGGAUGACAACACGUCAGCGCCCUUACUCGGAUCAGUGAAGCCCACUAAAGCUUACAGCCGUGGCUCAGUGGUGAUGGUGGACGAGAUCAUGAACGCCAGCCCGUCCAAGUUCCGCUUUCCCGAAGCGGGCCUUCGGGUCAUGGUCACCAGCCACUUUGGACCCAAGACCCGCCUGCGCAUGGCGAGCCGCCUCAUCAUCACAGAGCGCCAGAAGUUGGUCCUGGCGGCCAACGGCGUGGAGACACAAGGGAUUGAUGGCAAGACGGACAUCGAGAACGGCAACGUGCCCGAGGACAAAACCGACAAGGAGGAGGAAGAAAGCGGCAUCUCCCCGUUUGGUAUUCCUAAGGGAUGCGGCAACAAGAUCAAGUGGCUGAUCUCAUGGCCUCUGCUGCUCUUGUUGUUCCUCACCGUCCCAAACUGUGGCAAGCCACGCUGGGAGAGAUGCUUCAUGGUCUCCUUCAUCCUCUCGACUGUCUGGAUCGCAAUCUUCUCCUACCUGAUGGUCUGGAUGGUGACCAUAAUUGGCUACACUCUGGGAAUCCCUGACGUCAUCAUGGGAAUCACCUUCCUGGCAGCGGGCACCAGCGUCCCCGACUGCAUAGCCAGUCUCAUUGUGGCUCGCCAAGGUUUGGGAGACAUGGCCGUGUCCAACACAAUUGGAAGUAACGUGUUUGACAUUCUAGUGGGACUGGGCGUCCCCUGGGCGCUCCAAACUAUGUGUGUUAACUACGGAUCAGAGGUGAUGAUCAACAGUCGAGGACUUGUGUAUUCGGUGGUGCUUCUGCUGGGAUCUGUGGCCCUCACAGUCCUGGGCAUCCACCUGAACAAGUGGCGUUUGGACCUGAAGCUGGGCAUCUAUGUUCUGGUCCUGUACGCGGUCUUCCUCUGCAUCUCGGUCAUGAUCGAAUACAACGUGUUCACCUUUGUUAACCUGCCCAUGUGCUUUGACGAGUAACUCUCGCCGUGCAGCAGCAAGGACACCAAAACAAUCCUCACAGGCCCAGAGUCCCUCCCCCGUUCAAAAAUACCAGACCCAUCUCUUUUCGUCACUCUGAAUCUGUUUAUCCCCGAGUCUGUCCACGAGGUGGCACACUUGAGCCGUUCUGACUCUUGUCCUCGCUCACACAGUGCCAGUCCUUGAUGCUCAUUUGGAGCGUUGCCGCAGUACUGCUGCCCACCUGUCUACUGUGUCCACCCAUUAGCAUGCCUUUAGCUGUCUGAGGUGGGGAGGGGCCAGAAUAAUAGUGCCCCCCCCCCACACUCCCCUUUUCACCAUAUCACUAUUUCACAUUGACAGAAUCCUCACAAGGUUUACUGAGAACUCCAGGACCCAAAGAGACAAGCACACUCUUUUUAUUUUAUUUUAUUUGGUGCCCCCUCCCUUUGGGGGGAGGGCCAUGUGUUUGGCAGCUCCCCUCCUCCAGCCUCCAACUUGACACCAGGAACUAAAAACCACCUGCAAUCUUGAACGUUGAAGUGUAUGCACUUUUUUUUCUUUUUCUGUUUGCAUUUAUUUAUUUUUUUCCCAAAAUCCCUCCAUCUUUUGUGGAAAAUGGAGGGAGACCAAGUUUGCAACUAUCUUUCACUCCAAACAACUUUGUACGCGAGACCGCUUCUUGUGCUGGAUGGAGCUUUUGAACGGCCGCCGCCGGGGUGCCGCGUUCUCUCAGCUGCGACUCGCCGCUCUGCCCGACGCACAACUUCAGAGGAACCGUCUCUAGAUCAGUGCGAUGGAUUUGUAUUUGAUUUUUGCAAUCAACUUUUGAGACAAAGGAACUAGACAGCUCUCUUCAUACUGACUGUCUGCUAGACCACCCCCUGGCAGGUAGGGGGUGCCAAUCAUAGCCACCAGUUAUCAGGGACAGCUUUUUUUUUGGGGGGGGGGGGGCUGCCUGUCAUGUUGAUGUGAGUUGUAUGUAGAUACUGCACUUUAACAGCCAUCCUCUCAUUCUAAAUCAACUAGUGCUUCCUUUGGGGUGUGUGUGUGUGUGUGUGUGUAAACCGACUGGAGCCCGGUGAAUCCAAUGAGCACACCCGCCUCUUGUCCGCAGUGCAUGCUGGGAUGUUAAAUGCAGUGUCCGUCCCCUCCCUCCCUUGAAGCACAGCGUAAAGGCUGCUUAUUCCCGUCAGGCGUCUCCAUGGCAACUGCCUGGUCCAGUUUUACACACACAAAAAUAAGUUUAAAAAAUCGGCAGCUACACUGCAAAAUUGCAAGCGAUGAGCCGAGCUACAGAGAAUUGCGACAAAGUGGUGUGGGUGGGAUAUUCCUGUGCCACACAUGGUGGUAGGCACUUGUAUAUGCAAUCUCAAUGUCAUGACUUUGUGUGUUUGUGUGCGUGCGUGCGUGACAUGAGGCCCCUGCCAGGUUUCAUGAUGUUGUCCGUCUAGUACUAAAUGUGAGCUCACAGGUGUGCUUUUUUUUUUUUUUUUUUUUUUUUUUUUUUUUAAAAAAAGGUUUUUUAUGAUUGCUGUUGAAAUGAUGGACACUUGGUCCUUUUUUUUCCACAAAGAGCCAAAAGAAGCAACAUGGUGGACCAAUGUUUUUUUUUGUUUGUUUUUGUUUUUUGGGACUGUCACUUUAAGAGGACCUGGUGGAGAGUACUUGGGGACAAAGUUGGACCCACCCUUAACAUGCUUCUCCAUUUCACUCCUGGAUGGAGGUGACCAUCUGUACAUACACCUUUUUUUUGUCUGGAAGCAGCACUCUACUCGUUUUGAGUCCAAAUGCACAUUUUCUUUUUCUUGUCAAUGCUGCUCUAUGCGGUCCUAUCUUGGUUGCCAGGUUGGAGUUUUGUCCUCCUUGUUGUUGAGCUUGCGUUUGUCAGCAAGUCUUUUUUUUUUUCUGGAGGAAGGAAAGAAAGAAUUCUUUGAUGCAGACCGGAUGGAAGUCCUGUGUAUAAAAAAAACUGCGCAGACGGCUUGGAAAGGUGACGGGAACACAAGGACUCGUGUGUAUUUAUUUGAUUGAAUGCGACCUGAUGCACUGUGAGCUCAAUGUGAUGUGGGAGUUGUCAACAAUAACUGAUUAACAAAAGUCUAUUUAAUGUAAAGUUAGUUACUAUAAUAAAAAAAAUACUGUAUAACUUAUAUGAAUGUAUUGUCUUGCUAUACUGGACAUCUCCAACCAAUGCAUUUUACUGUAAAGCAAUAAUGUGAAGAAAAAAAAUAAAAUGGCAAAUAUGUUCCUCUA